GACCGAAACAAUCAUCCCGAAAUGUCGCACGCAAAGGCCAUCCUUGGAGAGGAGCUGCACGCGCGACUUGGGCAGACCAAGGUGCUCCUCGUUGGUGCGGGCGGUAUCGGCUGUGAACUACUCAAGAACGUCGUCCUUACCGGUUUCGGACACAUCACUCUUCUCGACCUGGACACCAUCGACCUCUCCAAUCUGAAUCGCCAGUUCCUCUUCCGCAAGAAAGACGUGAAGCAGAGUAAGGCGCUUGUCGCUGCUGCUGCUGCCGCGCCGUUCAACCCGCGCGUCCGAAUUACACCUAUUCACGGCAACAUCAAGGAUCCUGAGUUCGAUCUAGAGUGGUUCAAGGGCUUCGAUAUCGUCUUGAACGCGCUGGAUAACCUAGAUGCACGACGUCAUGUCAAUAAGAUGUGCAUGGCUGCAAACAUUCCCCUCGUCGAGUCUGGCACGGCCGGGUACCUUGGCCAGGUGCAGCCUAUCCUCAAGGACAAAACUGAAUGCUUCGACUGCGUGCCGAAGCCAACGCCCAAAACCUUCCCGGUCUGCACUAUUCGCUCCACGCCUAGCCAACCCAUCCACUGCAUUGUGUGGAGUAAGACCUACCUCAUGGGACAGCUGUUCGGCGAGGAUGAGGAUGCAACCGGCGAGCUUGACGAGGCAGAGAAGCAGGGCGAGAACGCUCAGGAAAUUGCUACUCUUCGUAAGGAAGCGCAGGCAUUUGCGGCAGUUCGCCGAGCUCUGAGGGAUCCUGCGUCUAAGGCUGACGCAGCGAAGAUGGCCUUCGACAAGGUCUUCAACGCGGACAUCAAGAAUCUGCUCAUCAUGUCGGACAUGUGGCGCAAUCGCGCUCCUCCGACCCCGCUGGACUUCGACGCUAUCAUGUCCGGUAAAUUCAAUGUACCGGACGUGCCAUCUGCGUCGACCUCGGCAGCGGCGGCGCCUUCGAAGAAUGGCAAAUCGAGCGCGAAGCAGAGCAACGGGGUCGGGUCGAUGGCGACGGAGAACCAACUGCGGAACGGGCCGCCGACGCAAGCAGAAAACGGGACGUCUGCAGCCAAGUUGAAGGACCAGCGUACCUUGACGUUGAAGGACAACUUGGAGUUGUUCGUGGAUAGCACGAACCGUCUCGCCGCACGACUGCAGAGUGGGAAAGAGGAGACGAUUGGAUUCGACAAGGACGACGAUGACACACUCGACUUCGUCGCAGCGGCGAGCAACCUGCGUAGCUUUGCGUAUGGAAUCGAACGAAAGACGCGAUGGGAGGUGAAAGAGAUGGCCGGAAACAUCAUACCAGCAAUUGCGACUACGAAUGCGAUCAUCUCUGGUCUCAUCGUGCUUCAGGCUCUGCAGCUGCUUCGACGAUCGCACGACUCCGCGCGCCCAGCCGGCCCCAAGCUCGAGAUGCGCACGACGAUGCUCCAGCACAAGCCUGCGGUUCCGUUGUCGAGCGUGCGGACGUGUGCACCCGACCCUCGAUGCGGGGUGUGCCGGGACGUCUACGUGGACCUGAGGGUGGAUCCUAAGCGAGCGAAGCUGGGCGAGGUCGUUGGGGCGCUAGCACGCGCUGUCCAUGGAUCGCUGGUUUCGGCGGACGAUGAGGCGAAGGACUCGAUGGACGAGGACGACGAUGAGGAUCCGGCUGCCAGCUUGUCCGUGUUCGAGGACAAGCGGAUCUUGAUGGAUCCGGACUUCGACGAUAAUAAGGACCGGACGAUGGAGAGCUUGGGCGUGACGCGGGGCAAGUUCUUGACGUUGGUGCACGAGGAUGGUUUGUGGGGGGCGACGGUGCAGUGCGCGCUGGGAGUGCUGAGCGUCUCGCACCCUGCAGACGCGCCGCCGUAUCAGCUGCCCUCGCCUUUCCCGAGUGUGCCGAAGAGAGCACGGGAAAAGACACCAGUCCCUGCCAAGUCAGUCACGCCGCCGAGGGCGUCGCUGAAGCGCUCGGCACCGGAGGAUGACGAUGUCAUCGAGCCCAUCGCAAAGAAGGCCAAGGGGGCGAAUGGCACGGCGGUACCGGAUGCAAGCCCUAGCAAGAAGAGACGACUGGAAGAAGACGGAUUGAUCUUGCUGGAUAGCGCAGUAGAGACGUUGGAAGAUGACGAUGUCAUCAUCGUCGACGAUUAGGAGGUGGACUCUGCGACUCUGUUAGAUCUCGAAAGUGGAAUUGUUCCUACUGCUUCUGUGUAUGUGAGUUGUGAUAUCUCGCGAGGGAUGUGUGCUCAAUGUUGCUCAGCUCUGCUAAGAUCUACAUUAUCUUGUUGUCGGACAGUUUUUCCUGUUGUCGCUGCUUUACAACCAUGAUUAUACUGAACUUG